UACGAAUAUGAAAAUGAAGCCUUAUUUAAUAUUAACCUUUAUUGUAUACUUAAAGUAUAUUCAUUGCGUCAGUGAAAAGGACGUAAAUGAAUUAAACGAUUUUUUGCAAGAUGAAAUGAAAAAAAUUCAGAACAGAGAUUUUCGUACGGAUAACUCAGAGUUCGAACCAACAGCAACGGAUCCACCGGAUGAUUUUGGUGAAUUUGAUUUUAUAAUUGUUGGAGCUGGAUCGACGGGCACCAUCUUGGCGAAUCGUCUUUCAGAAAUCAGUGAGUGGAAAAUACUUCUAUUGGAAGCCGGUGAUUUCCCAGACAAUAUCACGCACGUUCCAUUUAUGAUAGACAUGUCCAGAUUCACAAGAUUCAAUUGGGGAUACAAAUCGACACCGCAAACCAAAUCUUGUUUAGGAAUGGUAAAUAGACAAUGUAUAAUACCCCGAGGAAAAGGCGUAGGUGGAACUUCAUUAGUAAAUGGAUUAAUCUAUGUUAGAGGUCAUCCCUCAGAUUUCGAUAAAUGGGCUGCCAUGGGGAACCCUGGAUGGUCUUAUAAAGAUGUCUUACCUAUAUUUAAAAUAACUGAGGGGAUUGAUAAGAACAAUCCAAUGGCAGUCAUUGAUUGGAAAUACCACAAUGCCAGUGGUCCAUGGCAUACAGAAUUUUAUCCCUUUUCGGAUCCAUGUAUAAAUGCAUAUUACGAAGCUAACGAAUAUUUAGGUUAUAAAAGGGCUGAUGUUAAUAGUCCACAACAAAUAGGUUUCAGCCCUAAAUGUGUAAAUAUAAAAAAUGGAGCAAGAUUCGAUACUGGGACAGCUUUUAUUUUGCCAAUUGUUGGUAGGCCCAAUUUAAGCAUUCUUACAAGAGCCUACGCAAUUAAGAUUAAUUUCAAAAAUGUUUGGGGAAAACCUGUUGCAAACAGCGUCACAUUUUCUUACACUGGAAGAUUGCAUACAGCUCGAGCACGUCAUGAAAUAAUUGUGUCUAGUGGAUCUAUUAAUACUCCGCAAUUACUAAUGUUGUCAGGAGUAGGGCCAAAGAAGCAUUUAAAAGAAAUGAAUAUUCCCGUUGUUAAGGAUCUUCCUGUUGGGAAGGUUAUUCGGGAACAUCCAACGUUUUAUGGUUUACUAUUUAGUAGCAACUACACCGAACCCAUUAAGCCAUUCAAGGAAUAUGUCCGGGAGUUUUUGAAUGCCGAAGGCCCACUAACAAUACCGGGAGGUAUACGAGCCUUUGGAUUCUAUAAAACCAAAUACGAACCUGAACCCACAACACCAGAUUUGGAAAUGUAUUUAGUGUAUGGUAACUGUACCGGUGACUUUGCCAAAAAAGCGUUCGCUUGGAAUCAGGAAACAUUCGACGCAACUUUUGCCAAGGUGAAGCCGGCACAGUGUUUCUCUUUGUUGCCAGAAACACUUAACGCCAGAUCUCAGGGUUCUGUCAAAUUAAAAACCAACAGUCCCUAUGAUUUUCCCUUGAUAGAUCUUGCAAUGUUGACCGACAAGGAGAAUAUUGACGCCAGCAUUCUUUACGAAGGUGUCAAACUUGCUCUGAAAUUAGUCGACACAGAUGCGUUUAAAAAAAUUGACGCUAAACUAGCAAUUACACCUUUACCAGCUUGUAAGCAGUAUACAUUUUUAUCCAAGGAGUAUUGGUAUUGUGCAAUCGAACAGAUGACCGUUUUUAUUUUCCAUCCUGUGGGUACAUGUCCCAUGGGACCUAAUGCAUCAAAAUUUGUAGUAGAUAAUGAGUUAAAGGUUCAUGGAAUCAAACAACUGAGGGUAGCUGAUGCCAGCGUUUUUCCUUUCACUUUGUCGGGUCAUCCUAGUCCUGUUUGUGUUAUGAUUGGUGAAAAAUUGGCCAUGAUGCUUAAAGAAAAAUAUUUAUAAAUAACGAUAAAAACUAAAUAAUAUAUAAUUUUAUUUUAAGUAAGGGUUAGAGUUUUUAGUUUAUUAUUGCAAGUAGUUAGCCUUAAAUUAAGCUAUUUAAAAACAAUGUUAAUGAAGUAUAAUUUGUACAAUUAAAAUAAUUAAAUUCACAACAAAUAAAUAUAAAAUAAUGAUGA